AUGAGUUACCACCCGGUGGACACGGUAGGGAGUCCAUUCAGGAGAAGCAUGGAUAGUAGGACAAGCUACGGCCGCUCCUCCGGCACCCCCUCCAGCGGGUUCCGCUCUCAGUCCUGGUCCCGGUCAAGCCCUAACAAGCCCUACAAGAGGAGCGUCAAUAUGCCGGUAGCCAGAGCGUACAGCUCCACACUCCUCAGCUCCGCCGACAGCGUUGAUUUCAGUCAAACUAACGGAGACUACAAGCGUUCCAAUGAGAAAGAGCAGCUCCAGGGGUUAAACGACCGUUUCGCCGGUUACAUCGACAAGGUGCACUAUCUGGAGCAGCAGAACAGCCAGAUUGAGGAGGAGAUCCAGGCGCUGCGGCAGAAGCAGGUGUCGCAGUCCCAGCUAGGCGAUUUAUACGACCAGGAGCUCCAGGAGCUGCGCUCCAUGUUGGAGCAGAUCCACCACGAUAAGGCGCAGAUCCAGCUCGACACAGACCACAUCGAGGAGGACAUCCAGAGAAUUAGGGACCGCUUCGAUGAGGAAGCUCGCAUCAGGGAUGAGACGGAAGGCAUCAUCCGGGCGCUCAAAAAAGAUAUGAACGACACUGAGUUAGUGAAGUCGGAGUUGGAGAAGAAAGUCCAGUCACUGCAGGAUGAGAUUGCCUUUAUCCGUAACAACCACGAGGAAGAGGUGAGCGAGCUGUUUGCCCAGGUGCAGGCGUCGCAGGUGACCAUGGAGAGGAAAGACUUCCAGAAGACGGACAUCACCGAGGCGCUCCGGGAGAUCCGCACCCAGCUCGAGGGCCACUCCAACCAGAACCUGCAGCAGGUGGAGGACUGGUUCAUGUGCCGCUAUUCCAAGCUCACUGAUGCUGCGGAACAAAACAAAGAUGCAAUCAAGUCCGCCCGUGAUGAGAUUGCGGACUACCGCCGCCAGCUCCAGUCCAAGACCGUGGAAUUAGAAUCCGUCCGGGGAACCAGGGAGUCACUGGAAAGGCAGCUGAAUGACAUCGAGGACCGACACAACAACGACCUGUCCAGCCUGCAGGAGACCAUCCACCAGCUGGAUAAUGAGCUCAAGGGCACGAAGUGGGAGAUGGCGCGUCAUCUGCGCGAGUACCAGGACCUGCUCAAUGUCAAGAUGGCUCUUGACAUCGAGAUUGCUGCAUACAGGAAACUCCUAGAAGGUGAGGAGACCCACUUUAGCACUUUCCCUUACCGCCAAGCUGUCACCUCCUCUAAGAAGUCCAAGUCUGGGCCUCCCAAACUGAAGGUCCAGCACAAGUUUGUAGAGGAGAUCAUUGAGGAGACCAGGGUGGAGGAUGAGAAGUCUGAAAUGGACGUGGACCUGGAAGAGAUUGCCCAGGAGCUGUCUGCCGCAUUGGAGGCAGAGGCCACAGAUGACAGAGAAGAGGAAGGAGAGGAUAAGGGAGAAGAGGAGGAAGAAGAAGCAGUGGGACAUGGAGAAGAGGGAGAGGGUGACUCAGAAGAGGUUGUAGCCUCCACUGAAGCCCAAGUGAGCUCCAGCGCCCCUGCUGAGGAGGAAGAGGAGGACAAAAACGGUGGUGAUGAAGAAGAAGAUGGAGGAGAGGGUGCCGAGGAGGGAGAAAAAGAAGAAGAGGGUGAGAAAGAAGGAAAGGAUGAGGAAGGAAGGGAAGAGGGAGAGGAGACAGCCCCAGAAUCAAAGGUCUCUCCUGACAAAGAGAAGGCUGGAGAGAAGGAAGGAAGCGGAGGAGAAGAAGAGACAGCAGAGGGAGAGGGAGAAGAGGAGGGUGGUGAUAAAGAGGAAGUUGCAGGUAGUGACAAAGGAUCCAAAGAUGGAGAUGAUAAGGAUGAGAAAGAUAAGAAAGGAAAGGAUGAGAAAGAUGACAAAACAGAUGAGGCAGAUGUAGCCAAGACAGAGUCUCCAAAAACAGAUGCCCCCAAGAGUGAGGCCCCAAAAGCUGAGGUCCAGAAAUCUGAGGCCCCAAAAGUCUCCAAGCCAGAUUCCCUGAAAGCUGAAUCCCCUAAGGCUGGGUCCCCUAAGUCUGAGUCACCAAAAGCUGGAUCCCCCAAACAUGAAUCCCCCAAAGCUGGUUCCCCUAAAUCUGAAUCCCCAAAACCCGGGUCCCCCAAAUCUGAAUCCCCCAAAUUAGGAUCCCCUAAAGCAGAGUCCCCUAAGGAUGAGGCUCCCAAACCAGAAGCUCCCAAGUCAGAGGCCCCCAAGGCUGCAGAAGAGAAAGUAGACAAAAAGGGUGAUUCAGAGGAAGAGAAGGUAGAAAAGAAAGAUGCAGCUUUGAGCGGAGAAGUGGAGAAGGGUGCCCCAGAGGACAAAAAAGACGAUGGGAAGAAAGAGGAGACGGAUGUGAUCUCAAAUGGAGUGGACGAGAGCCCCACCAAAGAUGACCCCAACCAGAAAGAUGACCCCAACCAGAAAGAUGACCCCAACCAGAAAGAUGACCCCAGCCAGAAGGUGGUCAUCACCAAAACGGUGGAGACCAUCACCACUGGAGAGGACGGAGCCAAGCAUGUCAUUAAAUCAGUCACUGUCACCGAGACUGUGAAAGAGUCUGAGGAUAUGAUUCAGGAGAAGAUGGUGUCCAGCAAGACGAUGGAGAAACACUCUUCCAAGUCCGUCAAGGUGGUGACCGAAACCGAGUGA